AUGAAUGAAGAUGAUAAAAGCAAAGAAAUUAUUACGAGCUGUAAUUAUGGAUUGAAAAGACAUUAUAUAUCUGAAAAUGAAAAAAAUAAAGAUUUAAUUUUUCAAAUUGACUAUGAAACUCUCUUAAAAAAUUGUAAAGAAGAAGAAAAAUACAUUGAUUUAAAUUUAGAAAUUAAUUAUAAUUUAGAGGAAAUUGUGGAAAAUAAGGAUAAUAUUAAAAAAUGUGUAUAUUUGCAUGAUGAAGUAGAUGAUGAAUAUUUAUAUAGUAAAAAAGAAAAUGAUUAUUAUAUAAAAAAUAAUAAAUAUUAUUAUGAUAAUAAUUUCCAUUCUGAUAUAGAUAAUGGAAUUUCUCCAUUUAAUUAUGAGAGAGAAAAAGAAAAUAUAGACAAAAAAAAUAAAUAUUUACAUUAUGAAAAAGAUUACAAUAGUGAAAAUAACUCAUCAUAUACAAAUGAUACUUACUGCUCAGAUUUCACUGAAAAUUCUUCAAAAUAUGAAAAGACAAAAUCUAUGAAUUUCUCACAAAGAAUCACAUAUGAUAAUAAUGAGUUAAUACAUAAUUUAAAUUUAUAUAAUAAAAUAGUAGACUACAAUCUUCAUAAUAAAAAAUAUGAGGAAAAUAGCAAGAAUUAUUCUCAAAUGAUUAAGGAACAAAAAGAAAAUUCUAAUUGUUACGAUUCAAUUUUUAUUAAGAAAAAAAAUAAUGAAAAAUAUUCAUGCUACAAUGAAAAACAAAUGAAAAUGUAUCAUCAUGAUUUUUAUGACAAUAUAAUCCAUAAAAAGCCAAAUGAACCCAAGUAUAUGUUUAGUAAAUAUAAUAAUCAAGAAAAUUCUCCAUUAAAUCUUAAAUUACUUAAAAAUAGAAACAGUUUAAAUAGUGUAAAAAUGGAAGAAAAAAUAUUAAAUAAAUAUGAAAAAAUAUUAAAAGUUAUGAAAUAUUUAAGAAAAAUAAAAACAAAAUAUCCAGAAAUUGAAACAAUUGUAUCUAUAUUAUCUAAUCAUGUUAAAAAUGUUACUUUUAACUGCGAAAAAAUGUUUGAUUCUAGAUCUCAAUUAAAUGAUUUCUUAAAAAAAAUUUAUAUUUAUCAAAUUUUUCUAUUAAAAAAAGUAGUCUUUAAAGAUCAAAAUAUUAUGAAAAAUAAUAACAUCAAUAAAUAUCAUAACAAUAAUACGUCAAGAAAUAAAAUACGUUUCAUUUCAACAGAUGAGAAAAAUUUAAGAGAUUAUUCAAUAAUUCUAGAAGAUAGCAGUAGAAAUGAUCAUUUUAUGUUGAAUAAUUUAGACAGAAAUAUAUCAUUCAACACACAUAAUAAAAAUAUAAAUGAAGAUAUAAAAAAGCAUGAAGGUAAAAAAUAUGAAGAAAACGAUGAAAUAUUUAAUAGAAAAUAUGAAAAAAAUAGUAAGGGAAAGCAUGAAAAAGGUAUACAUGAAAUAUUAGAAAGUAAAAAAGGAAAUUUUAUUGAUAAAGGAAAUGAACAUAUAAAAGGUGAUUUAUAUAAUGAAUAUAAAAUAAAAAAGAAUAUAUACAAUGAGUUCCAAGUUGAUAAAAAUGUAAAAAAUAUAGAUGAGAAAGUAAUUAAAGACAAUACGAAUAAUUACAAAUAUAAAGAUAUAUACAACAAUUAUGAUUUAGAAGAAAUAGAAAAAAAGUGUUCUUAUGAUUAUCAUAUAAAAGAUAAAUAUUAUGGAAAUACAAAAUUUAUAUAUGGAGAAGAAGAGAAUAUCAAAAACAAAAAAAAAAAAGAGAAAAUUAAAAAGAAAAAUGAAAAUAUUUUAGAUAUUGAUAAUGUAUUGAAUAAAGUAAUUACUCAGCAAAAAAAUGAAAAAUUUAUGAAAACGAGUGAAAAAGAUGCAUUAUAUAAAAGAGAGCUAUUUGAAAAAAUAGAGAAAAAUAAUAAAAAGAACAUACUAAAUAGAAAUUCUAAUGAAUGUAAAUUAAAUGACUAUGAACCCGAGGAACUUCACAAAUAUACAAAUGGAAAUAAUUUGAAAUAUUUAGCAUAUAAAGAGAGAGAGGGUGAAUUAAAUUUAAACGCACUUAAUUUAGAAAGUAAUAAUUCUGCUUUUAGAAAUAGAUUUCAAAGUGGAAAAUAUAAGAAAAAAAGUAUUGAUGAAGAAGAAAAAAAAACGCAUGUAUUAUAUUAUGAUGUAAAUAAAGAAUUAACAGCUAUUUCUAAUAGAGAAUCUGUUACGCAUGCAUUAAAAUAUACUCUUCUGAAUAAACCAAAAAAUUUUGCAACUCUACAAAAUUUCUUAUUUAAGAUAGAUGUUGAGUUAGUAGACUAUAAAAAUUUUAUUUUGUUGAUAACGAAGGAUAUAAAAGAACCGCAUUUAGAAGCCUUAUACGGAUUAAAUGAUUUUUCUAUUUUUGAAAAGGUGUAUGGAAAAAAAGUAGCUCCCCGAUUUUUAGUUCCAAGCAAAGUUAAGGCUUUUUAUAAAUAUGAUAAAUUUUAUCAAACUUUUAAAGAACUUACAAAUGUAAAAGAUUUUAGCGGCAUAACAGAUGCAGUACAAUUAAUUUAA